AUGGAUAACCGAUUAGAGAGAAAUGUCAAUAAACUUAUGGAUCGUUAUAAAAAGACAAGUUAAUAGAUAGAUUAGAUCAUGUAAUAUGAACCAACUUCUCAAUAACCUGUUACUUAUUUUAUUGGUAGAUCAAGACCAAGUAAAUUACGUGAUGAUGAGUAAUUUAUGUAUUUAUUUAAUAGAGAUGAUUCAUCGAGAGAAAGACGUAGAUAGAGUGGAUCUUUAGAGUAAAUUAGUAGAUUAAGAGAAACUUUGAAUGCUAAAGAUUUGUAAGAAAGAGAAAAAUAUGAAAGAAUAAGAAUCUUGAAUAAAGAAUUAAAAGUAUACUCUUAUUUUAUUCAUUAGAUUACUCUUAAAGAAUAUAUGACUGUUAAUAAAGAAUUAGAAGGUAAGUUAUCAGCUAAGGAUAAAUAAAUUAAAGCAUUAGAAUAAGAAAAUAGAUAGUUGUAAGAUUCUAUUAAUAAGGGAGAUGUUAAUACUAAAGAAGUCAAAAUUAAAGCAGAGACUUCUGAAAAAUUAAUAGAAGAAUUAUAAUAGCAAAAUCAUAUCUUAAAAUAAAAAUUAGGAGAUAAAAAAUAAAAAUUAACUGCUUUAAGAGAUUCAUUAAAAUAAGCAGAGACUGUUUAUGAAGAAUAAGGCUAAAAUUUUGGUAGAGAACUUGAAAGAGUAUAAAAAUUAUGUGAAGAUUUUUCAAAUGAAAUGUAAUUCAUUUUAAUUUAUUAUAAUAGAAAAAAUUAGGAGGAACAAAAUAAAGUAUUAGAAGGAGAAUUAUUAAAAUAAAGAGAUGAAUUAAUUAAUAGAGAUGAAUAAAUUAGAUAUUUUGAAUAAAUGUAUUAAGAUAUUAGAUACAGAGAUGCUGAUCAACAAUCUUAGAUUGAAUAUUUGAAUUAAUAACUCAAUUACUAUAAGUCAUAAUUAGAUUAAGCUACUUAUAAACAAGAUGAAGCAUAUACUUAAUUGGCUAAAAUUGAAAAGUAAUAACAAGUUAUUUUAUCUACUUAAGAAACAGAAAUUGAAAAAAGGAUUUCCAAUUAUAAAGAUUUACUUGAAAAAAAAAAACAAAAAAUUAAUGAGUAAAAAUUAUCUAUAGAUAAUUUAAAUUAAAAAAUCACUGAUUUUUAGAGAUUACUUGAUAAUGAAGAGAAAAACCAUUAAAUUCAAAUUUAAGAUUAUUAGAAAUUAUAAUAAAUUAAUUCAGAACUUAAAUCCGUCAUAGAUAAUUAAUAAAAUAAAUUAUUAAAUGCAGAAAAUAGAAUACAAAGUCUUGUUCUUGAAAUCUAAGAUUAAAAAUCUGUUUUAUAAAUUAAGAAAUAAAAAACUGAAGAAUUUGAAAUAUAAUCUCGAUAAGAUUUUCGUACAAUAGAAUAAGUAUUCUAUAAUGAAAUAUUUUUUUAGCUUAAAAAUUAAAUUCUACAUUUGUAAGAAUAAUUGACUAAAACAUAACAGUAUAAUCGAGAUUUAGAAAACGAUAUAUAAUUGACAAAACAUGAGAAUGAUAAAACAAUGGAUGAAAUUGAAAUAAAAAUCGAUCAUCUUGUAAAAUAGUUAGCUUAAAGUAAAGAAGAAGUUAAAGAAUAUAAAAAUAGAGAAAAUGAAUUUAAAUAAAAAAUAAAAACAUAGGAGGAAGAAAUUCUGAAACAUGCUUAGAAAUCUGCGAAAUAUAAAUAAUAGAUUGAAUAGAGUUAGUAUUCAUUAAAAUAAGUAAAUAAUAAAAAUAAUUUUAUAGAUUGAAGAAAAAGUUAGAAUAUAUGAAAGUGAAAGAGAGAUUCAAUCAAGAUAAGUUUUGUAAGUGAAAUAGGAAUAAGCUACAACACAAAAUAAGUUGAGAGUUUUGGAAGACAUUCAUUCAUUGAUAAAAAUGCAUAAAAAAAUUUGA